CUCUCCUCCUCGCCUUCUCCUCCCCCCAUUUCGUCGGCCUCUCUCGAGUCCUGGACUCCUCCCUCGCCACCUCCCCAAAUUAGCAGAAGCCGCGCACCACGCGCACGCGCACGUCCGCGCCGAGGAGGAGCUGGCCUCGCGCGCUCUUCGAGGAGAGACCGCGGGGGAAACCCUAGAGGCUGCGCCGCCGCUCGCCGCCGGCCGGCCGCGGCGGGUGGUGGGGCAGGGCCUGACGACGACCGGUUCAACAAGCAGUAAGAUCUGAGGUUUUGGGGGUGGGAUUAGGGUUGUUGCCGGGGUUUGUUUGGUGUUGCGGCGGCGCCGCGGAGGGGGUUCAUGGCGGGGUCGAAGUUUGGGUCGUUCAAGUCGGAGAAGGGGAGCUCGGCGGGGGCGGCGGCGGGGGCCGGAGCGGCGGCGCAGAGGAGGGACCCAUACGAGGUGCUUGGGGUGGGGCGUAAUGCCACCGAGCAGGAGAUCAAGAGCGCCUUCCGCCGCAUGGCCCUCAAGUACCAUCCAGACAAGAAUGCAGACGACCCUGUUGCCUCGGACAAGUUUCAAGAAGCCACAUUCUCUUACAACAUACUGUCAGAUCCCGAUAAGAGGCGGCAGUAUGAUUCCUCGGGAUUCGAGGCCAUUGAAGCAGAUAGUCAGGAACUGGAGUUGGACCUGUCAAGUCUGAACACUGUAAAUACAGUGUUUGCUGCCCUGUUUAGCAAGCUAGGUGUACCAAUCAAGACCACAGUUUCUGCAACAGUUUUAGAGGAAGCAUUGAAUGGGUCGGUGGGAAUUUCCCAACUCGAGCUUGGCCAGUCCGUCUUUAGGAAGGUGGAAAAGCAAUCAGCUCACUUUUAUUCUGUGGACAUAACAGAUAAAGAAGCCAAAAUGGGGUUAGUGUGUAGAGUUCAAUCAACUGCUAAAAGUAAAUUCAAGUUGCUAUAUUUCGAGCCUGAAGAAAAUGGUGGGUUAAGCCUUGCUUUACAGGAAGACAGUGUAAAGACAGGGAAAGUUACUUCUGCUGGAAUGUUCUUUCUUGGCUUUCCAGUCUAUCGCUUUGAACAAAAUAAUUCAGUUGCUGCUGCAAAGGAUCCUGAUAGUGCAUUCUUUAAAAGAUUGGAUGGCUUUCAACCAUGUGAAGUAAAUGAACUAAAAGCAGGGACCCAUUUUUUUGCUGUCUAUGGUGAUAAUUUCUUCAAGAGUGCAACCUAUAAUAUAGAGGUUGUAUGUGCUGAACCCUUUUCUACUGAAAAGGAGAAACUACGAUGCGUGGAGGCAAAGAUACUUGCAAAACGAUCUGAGCUGUCUAAAUUUGAGUCUGAGUAUAGAGAGGUCUUAGCGAAGUUCACCGAGAUGACCAGCAGAUACGCUCAAGAAAUGCAGACGAUCGACGAGCUUCUCAAGGAAAGGAAUGCAAUUCAUGCAUCCUACACCAACAACACAACUCUGCAACGGAGUUCCAGUAGCAACAAAGGGAAAACAUCCUCUAAAGAGUCCAAAAGUGAUGAUGACCAAACUGUGAAAAAGGAAAAGAAAUCGAAGAGCAAGUCCAUGGAGGGAUCCAGAAGUGAUGAUGAUGGUCCUAGAAAGGAAAAGAAACCUAAGGAACGACUUCGAAGGAAGAAAUGGUUCAACAUCCAUUUGAAAGUAGACAAGAGAAGACCCUGCUGAGGAAGGUAUUCCCUGCAAGUUACUACUCCCAGGAAAUGGAACCCAAGGGAGUUGCUCCGAGAAGAAAUAUCUUUUUCUUUGUCGUCCACUCCAUGGGAUCAAAUAGGCAGGAAUCUCAGUUUGACAUUCGGAAAGACACCCUCGCAAAUUAUUUUUUCUCCUGUGACGUAACAUUUUGUUUCCUGAAAAGUCAGGAGCCUCGGCAGUUUCAGAAAUGAUGUAAAAUAUUACAUGUAGUGUUCUUUUGGGGAUCUUACUGGCGCUGUAUCCGUUCACCCGGAACCAAGAUGGUUAAUGAUGUGUGUAUACAGCUUCAAGAAACUGUCUUAUGUUGUACACUGCAGCCAGAAUCCAAUUCAGAUUCGUUCAAAUUUUUAGGUGAUGGCUACGUUGAUCUUUUA